AUGUCGAACGCACUGCCGUAUUUGCAGAAACUGCGCAAGUCCCAACUCGCGGACUUUGCUGAGGCCACUGAUCUGCACAACUAUGAGGAGUACAACAAGCCCGAACUCGCCUCUGCGCUAGACGAGCAUCUCCAGGCAAAUCGCUCCAUCUUCGCCAAACAGGACCAGCUCGCCGAAUACUACAAGCGUCUCUCGGCGACCCCGCGUCGCUCGUCUCCCAUCAAGCGCGAGCCCAAGACUGACACGCCCGCGAGCGAUGCGCCCCGGUCGGCGCGUCGCAGACAGACCAAGGCCAAGGAGGAGGUCGAGCCGACAGAUGAAUCCGACGCGGAUGCACUGCAGACACCGUUCCGCCCUAUGGUGGCCAUCCGACCAACGCUCCCGCCGUCGCCCGCCGUCGUGACUGACGCGAUCGACCGCCAAACUGCCGUGUGGCGCAAGAGCGUCACCGACGCGUGGACUGGCUCCGGCGUGCAGGAGCAGUCGAACGCGCUGCGCGCGACCCUGAGUAGCGUCAAGGCCGUCGAAGUCCUCGUGCUGGCCCUCGAGGCCUACGGUCUCAUCCGGCAGAUCCUGCCGCUGCGCUACCUGGCCACCAUCCCGCCCGUGGCCGUCCUGCACACCCCGGAGCUCGCCGUGAAGGUCCCUGACCUGUUCGUGCUCCUUGACGGCUCCUUCUGGGCGCCGUUCUCGCUGUGGCUGCUCACCAGCGUGGUUGUGCCCCUUACCGCGGCGUACUUUUUCAACCUCAGCCUGGCGCAUACGGGCUCCGGACCGGCGGCGCAUACCCGCCGCAGUCGCGCCGCGCAGACGACUUUUGACCCGCUCAGCUUCAACAUCACCAAGGCGCUGGUCUCGUACCUGGUGUAUGCGAACCGCUUCACCUUUUGGCAUUUGUAUAGCACGUACUCGGUGGCGAAGGUCAAUGCUGCCGUGCCGGGUCACUGGGCUGGUAUGUUGACCGGGUCUGCCAUCGGAGUGAUUGGGACUUUGUACGAGGCGAUUCUCCGGAAGUAG